CAACAAGGAUUGCUCACAGUUCGCAACUUGCCAAAGAGGAAGGAUGAUUACAUUUUUUAAAAGUUGCAACUUUCGCAGCUAUUACAGAUAUGACGUGGAUAAUUUAUUUUUCUUUUGUCCAUCUGCUUCUGCAAGACAGGUAGAACAAAGUGUGGGGAAAUGCCUGUGUGAGUCCGCUGAGUAAAGGAGCCAAAGGAUGCAGGUGGCAGCGAGGCUUUGCUCUAACUUGUUUGAAGUUUUUUCCCAUGUCAGAGGUGAAGGAUUAUUCCUGGCAUAGGAAUUUAGUCUUCAAAUGAAGGACUUUGAGCAGAAUCUCAACAAUUCCUGGGCAGAAUGUGAGCAUUGGCUUGUGCUAUGCACUUGUUUUUAGUGUGUGUGAAUCAAGAUGUGUGUGUGAAUCAGUGUCAGUGAAUUGCAAUGUUAUUCCUCAGUAGUGGGACGGUGGAUGCAACCCCAAGGAGUACUAUUAGCCAACAGCAACAGGGGAAAACCGUUUACCACAUCUCUGUAAUCCUGAAAGAAACACAGGGAGAUGCACCAGAGUCAGAGCUAGGUAUGGGCCGGGUCACCCACACCCUGGUGGACAAUUGCCAGCCAGGAGGAGAGAUAAUUAGUGUAAUGCCAAUGGAGAACAGCCCGAGGCCGGGCAGGGCACGACAGGAGCUCAACAGGUGGCCCUCCCUGAACUGCUCAAGCAGAGCUGGGAGGCAAAGAGAGGAGGUAGUAGUGGAGGAGAAUGAGGAGGAGUUGGAGGAGGUGGAGGGAAAAAUGAAGACCGACAGGUUUCUGAAACAGCCUACUAAGAACUCAGACAAAUCCUCACCGCAACACAGAGACGUGUCAGAGCUACCUGCUCAGACCCAGGAGCAACACAUUCGGAGCUCAACGUUAUGCUCUGUCAACGUCCACACUAGAGGACUUGUCUUCGGACAUCAUGGCACUGUUGCAGGACAUAGUUCUCUGCCUCGGGCCGUGUUGCGAAGGCCACGUCAGGCUGAAGUCUCACUCGGCAGGAGAACGGUGAGCAUGUAUGGCGACCCAGUCAAACAGCAAAAAGAUUCUCAACCUGAACGGCUCCGGAGGCCCAGGAGUGUAUGCAUGCUGGCAGGCCCAGGCCCAGUCCAGACGGGGACUCACACCCAGCACCUUUCAAGACAGGAAGGUAUUUUAGAGAGCAGCCAGCUGUACAGGAGCAGGAAGGCUGAGUUGAGGGCUGUUGAUGGCCUCAAUCCUGUCGUGGCUCAGCGGCCUUCAGUCACUGCAGAGGUGACCCCCAGGGUCCGCCAGAGAAGCUGGAAGCAAAGGCCUGUCAGUAUGACAGUACUGGAGUUAAGGAAGAGGGGCUCUGAUGAUGAGAUAGACAGCCAGAGGAGCUGCAACCACAUAGGAAGCGAUGGAGAAAGCUUUCUCAAAGGGGGUUUCCGUUGGAGGCUGUUUGGUAAAGCACCUCAAGAUAAGAACAAGGAGAGGGAAGACACUAAAUCUUCUACCAAAUUUGGUAAAUCAGAAGCUCCGAAAAGUACACUGAGCUCACUGAGACGGAGCCUCAGUCUGCGCAUCAGGAGGACUCGGCCACGGGAAAGAGUUACUUUAGGGUCUGAGGGGGAGUCAAAGGAGUGCUCUCGAACUAAAAGUACUGCUGAGGAGACAACAAUGCCUCCACAGCCUUUCUCGUACCUCACAGGAAGAAUCCUUCCAACUUCCAGUGAGCAGAUAGAAGAUGGGGGUAUGCAGUACAUUCAGUACCACAGCAGGGGCAAGGUGAAGGUAAUGGAGGUACCCCUGUGUCCAACAAAGCUGUCUAAACCAGUUCAGGAAGAACCAAGCAUAUGGCAGCUCAUAGCCAACCGUUUCAGGAGGAAAGAGCAGCCAUGCAGUGGCAAAUGUGAAUCCCAGCAGUCUGAGAGCAAAGACACAGGCCAAUAUCCCCUGGACAGGAAUAAUAAGUCACAGCCAGUCACCAUAGAGACUCUGGCAGACACUGAGUCCCAUAAAGGUCAAGACUCUUUCGUCAACAGCCAGGAAUGGACAUUGAGUCGGUCAGUGCCAGAGCUGAAAGUGGGCAUUGUGGGAAAUCUGUCCAGUGGGAAGUCGGCCUUGGUCCACCGGUACUUGACAGGCACUUAUGUGCAGGAGGAGUCUCCUGAAGGUGGACGGUUCAAGAAAGAAAUAGUUGUGGAUGGACAGAGCUAUCUUCUUCUGAUCAGAGAUGAAGGAGGGCCUCCAGAAUUGCAGUUUGCUGCCUGGGUGGAUGCGGUGGUUUUCGUCUUUAGCCUGGAGGAUGAGAUCAGCUUCCAGACAGUCUACAAUUACUUUCUGCGCCUAUCCAGCUACAGGAACACAGCUGAGGUCCCAAUGGUCCUCGUUGGAACACAAGAUGCCAUCAGUGCUGCCAACCCCAGAGUGAUUGAUGACUCGCGGGCCAGAAAGUUGUCCAAUGACCUAAAGCGCUGCACAUACUAUGAGACCUGCUCCACCUAUGGCCUGAAUGUGGAGAGAGUCUUCCAGGAUGUUGCCCAGAAGGUUGUGGCCAUGAGGAAAAAGCAGCAGCUCUCUAUUGGUCCGUGCAAAUCUCUCCCUAACUCUCCCAGCCACUCAUCAGUCCCCGCUGCAUCCAUCCCCUCUGUUCACAUUAACCAGGCGGCCAAUGGUGGGGGUGCAUUCAGCGACUACUCCUCCUCUGUUCCCUCCACCCCCAGCAUAAGUCAGCGGGAGAUGCGCAUUGAGACCAUUGCUGCCUCCAACACACCCACGCCCAUCCGCAAGCAGUCAAAGCGCCGCUCCAACAUUUUCACAUCACGGAAAGCCAGUGAACAAGCAAAGAGCGUUGACAGUAAAACAGACAGCAUAGGCAGUGGAAGGGCCAUACCUAUCAAACAGGGAAUCCUUCUGAAGCGAAGUGGCAAAUCCCUCAACAAGGAGUGGAAAAAGAAAUAUGUCACACUGUGUGAUAAUGGCGUCCUCACUUACCACCCCAGUUUACAUGACUACAUGCAGAAUGUGCAUGGGAAAGAGAUCGACUUGCUGAGGACAACAGUCAAGGUUCCUGGGAAGCGACCACCCAGAGCAGUGGCCACCGUCGCCCCCACUGCUAGUCCCAAAACCAACGGGCUGACCAAGGAUCGCAGCACCUUGCAGCUGGGCAUAGGAAACACAGGCGCUCCUCACUCCAACAGCAGCACGUCCCUCCAGACGGGCGGGUCGGCGUUUGGCGGCAGCAAAGACGGCAUGCACCAGCGCUCCUUCUCCGUGUCCAGCGCCGACCAAUGGAAUGAAGCCAUCAAUACCAGUACAAGCAGCGGAGCCCCCAAUGGAAUGAGUGAUCCUGCGAAUUCCAGCGUAGGCAGCGCCACGAGUCCUAAACUUGAGCCACCUCCCUCGCCACAUGCCAACCGCAAGAAACACAGACGGAAAAAGAGCACAGGCAUCACAAAGCCAGAUGGUGUAUCUGCAGGCAACGAAGAGCAAGAGGAUUCCUUUGAGUUCAUCAUUGUGUCGCUGACGGGUCAGACGUGGAACUUUGAAGCAUCUACGUAUGAGGAGAGGGAGCUGUGGGUCCAAGCGAUUGAGAGCCAAAUCUUUGCCAGCCUGCAGUCUUGUGAGAGCAUAAAGAACAAGUCUCGGUUAGGCAGCCAAAGUGAUGCAAUGGCCAUUCAGUCCAUACGAAACGUGAGGGGGAACAGCUUCUGUGUGGACUGUGAUGCACCCAACCCGGACUGGGCCAGUUUAAACCUGGGCGCCCUGAUGUGUAUCGAGUGCUCGGGAAUCCACAGGAACCUGGGCACCCACUUGUCUCGUGUCCGCUCCCUAGACCUGGAUGAUUGGCCGGUGGAGCUCAGCAUGGUGAUGACCGCCAUCGGUAACUCGAUGGCCAACAGCGUGUGGGAGGGAGCCUUGGAGGGGUACACCAAACCGGGGAGCGACAGCACCAGGGAGGAGAAGGAGCGCUGGAUCCGAGCCAAGUACGAGCAGAAGAUGUUCCUAGUGGGACUGCCCCAGUCGGACGUGCCCCUGGGGCAGCAGUUGCUUCGGGCGGUGGUGGAAGAUGACCUGAGGUUGGUGGUGGUGCUGCUGGCCCACGGCACCAAGGAGGAGGUUAACGAGACCUACGGGGACGGAGACGGACGCACUGCACUACACCUCUCCUGCGCCAUGGCCAAUGUGGUCAUCACACAACUGCUCAUCUGGUACGGCGUCGACGUGAAGAGUCGGGAUGCUCGUGGACAGACACCCCUGUCUUACGCCCGGCGAGCCGGCAGCCAGGAGUGUGCUGACAUCUUACUUCAGCACGGUUGCCCCAACGAUACAAGCACCCUGUCCUCCAUGCCCACACCCAACAUGAGCCGCCGCAACCCCAAUCCCAACAUCAACAACAACAACGCCCAGUGUGAGCUCAACCGCAGUAUCAGCAUCAUGUAGGAGCCAGAUAGCAGCUGUAAACAAACAAACAAACAAACAAACCCUGAACCCGCCCAUGUCUCUUCCCAGUACUUCCUCCUCUGUUCCACACUGUGUAACCCAGAAUCACUAACAAUGGAGAGAUAUCAGGAGUGAUGGACUCAUUGUUGAUAUUCCACUACACUGAAAGAAGUGGGUGUUUGGGGUUCGGACAUUGUACAUUGUUUACUUUUUAUUAUUAUUUUGUAUCUGUUUUGUUUGUUCAUUCAAUCUUGGUCUGAGAUGAUCAUGAUGAUCAGCUUUAAGCUUUUUUUUUUUUUUUUUAAGCAUCAACCAAACAAAUGACUUCCUUUGGCAUUCAUACCUACCCUACGAAAAGCAUUUCCUUAAUGCUUGAACAUUUCCUUUUAUGUCUUCCCCUUCUGCAGUGUGAACUGAUUUUAUAACGAGUGUGAGCGAGAAACUUCCUUCAAAUUCCAAGCUUAAGUGUAAUAACAUGAAACUGUGAGGAAUAGUUUCACAAAGUGACAAAACCCUGAUGCAGGAAAGAAACUAAAUCUUCCAUGAUAGCAGUGGCUGUUUAGUAAUGAUGCAUGCCUUCAACACAGCUAUCAAACUCUUGACAUACUAUUCAUAUACAAAGGCAAAGCAAUUAGAGUUGAAGACUGCAAAUGAUUUAGAUACUUAAUUCACAGGAAAAUGGGUUCAGAUCAUCAUAAAGGAGUUGAUUGCAGAAUUCCUAUCGAGUGACAGUGAAUCAAUUCCUUCGCCACCCUUAUCGUGAUCCUCCAGUAAAAGUGUCCACGACUAUAAAGGAAUUAAGGGGCAUAAUGUUUUAUCACCAUUGAGCCACAUGGCUUUGUAAGUGUGCCUCUUCAGGCAGAAUUCAUUCAAAUUCAAAGGUUUGAUUGAAACAGUGAAAUUGUACCAUUAUGAUGUCUUUGUUGGAAUAAUUUCCGAUUGACUAGAUUGUGUUGAUAAUUGUUUGACAUAGAUUCACACAAUUUCAAACCAUAAGCGUACUGGAAUAUCCUUUCACCUCCUGUGGCCAAAGGCUAUAAUAUUGGUACUCUCAAGAGUAUCUCCUCUAUUGUUGCUGUGAAAUACAUAUAUGGUACUGUGUGUGUGUGUGUGCGUCCGUACAUACUGUACGAUACGUGUGUGCUUACGUCUUCGUCUGUGACCGUGUGCAGCACAGAGCGACUGGGCAUUUCUGUUCGUAAACAUUGGAGAGAGGACACUGGGGAGAAGACAGAACACCCGCAGUGAAGAUUUGGGAACAUAACUGUGUUUUAAUGUACAGACCACUGUAAAAAAGUAGUUCUUGUUCUUCACCUUAUUCCUUAUAUGAACAGUUUGAACUUAUUCUGACUUUUAGAGUCGAUAAAAAACAACCCUUUCCCUUUUCCGUGAACCUAUGUGCCCUUUCCCCGUCCUGAGAACCUGUCAGCCUAAAAGCAGGGACAUAAUAAAAUGCAUUCAAGUGACUGAGAUGAGACUAACAUUUAGAAAUUAAAUGAGCAGGAAGGUUUAUAGAAGGAAGUGUAAUUACUUUGACACUCUUUGCAUUAAUACAAAUGUACAGUAUUCCUGUGAAUCAGCUCAGACACGGUAAGCCAAUUCAAGUAGUAAGUCAGACUUGGACAAGACAUGAAUUGAUGGUGGAGCUGGCACAAUGACCGUAGUGUAUUUUCCCUUUUAUUCAACUGCCAUUUUUAAGGUUUUAAACUGUCUUUGUUUUAUGGGAUUACAAUGGCAGGAUGUGUGUUUACAGAGCAAAUUAUUAAUGUGGUACUUUACGUACAUGACUUUUUUUGUUUUUUUUUUACAGUAUUUGUUUUUUUCAGAGCCUGCAGAAAAUGAAUAUGUGGUCAGUGGAGGAUGUUUUUAACUCCAGGACAUAGCUAAAUCUUAAAGGAAUUGUUUUAUAUUUUCGGAAAUGUGCUUAUUCACUUUGUUUCUGAGAGUUAGAUGUGAAGAUUGAUACCACUCUCCUGUCUGUUUGUUAAGUAUGAUGCUGGAACCAGUAAGCGAUUAGCUUAGCUUAGCAUAAAGACUGGAAGCAGGGAGUGACGGCUAGCCUGGCUAUCUCAAAAGUUUAACAAUGUGCUUACCAGCACCUCUAAAGCUCACAAAUUUUCACACAUCUCGUUUGUUUAAUCUGUACACAACCAAUAUCAAAUGUAAAGAUGACAAAUUAUUGUGUCAGGGAGAGUUAUGUGCUGUAACUAUUUCUUGGUGUACAACUUACAGUCGUCACAAGACCUCCAAACUGAAAUGGUAACACCACAUAACUCACUCUGAAACCACAAUUUUCUUUAUCUUUUUUUUGUGGGGGGGGGGGUACCUUUAGACAGAGUCAGAAUAGCUGUUUCCCAGUUCUUCCAGUGGCUAUGCUAACCUAAAGCUACCAGUAUACUUCAUCAGAAGUGCCUGUCAGAUGGUCGAACAGGUUUGAAAAGCCCCAACCCCAACACAUCAGAAAUUGGGCGGUUGCAUCCGACAAUUAAUGUAACUUUCCAAAAUCAUCAUUUACACACACAUCACACAUCAAUUAGCCAUCUGUGCCAUGAUGAGAGAGUAAGCAGGGUUUGAACUUAUUUCUUUCUUUACACAACUAUUCUGGCGCUUCUCGAGUGAAACUCUCUGACUGCCUUCCAGAAGAGACUGCCUGACAAUGUGCAUGUUAUCCAUUCAAGUCUGGCGUCAUGGAACAUCUAUAAACACAUUUUGCCUUUAGUUCUUUUCAAGUAUAAGCCAGCCUUCAGCUUACCGCCUCCUGGCUCUGGCUUCGUACUUUACACUACACAUGAGAGUGGUAUCCAUGUUCUCAUCUAACUCUCCCAAAGAAGGCGAAUAAGCGUAUUUCCCAAAAUGUCAAACUAUUCGUUUAAGACGUCCCAAAAUCGACCACACAACCAGAUUACAUUUUAACUCAUUAAACUCGUACUGUACAGUGGUACUGGCCCUUUUUCUAAUCUUUACUUGAUAAACUUAUAUUAAUAAGUACAUUUCAGUGUCGGGAGAUUACUGAGGGGAGCUAAAUGUGUACAGUGAUUACCUGAACCCUUAUUUACAUACUGUAGAUGCUGAAAAAAACACUAGAAACCUGCCUGUUUUGCCCCCAACCACAACAUGAAGUGUACAUAUUAGCUUAAUGCUUUUAUCUGAAGACAAGCUCCUCCUAGAGGAAUUUGAACUGGUUUUAGGUCAACAGUCCUCUUGACCCACAAACCAUAUUUUGAUAUGUUGCUUUUUGUUUCUCCGUAGGGAUAUUUUUUAAGGUACCUCCGUUUGGUCUCCACAUUAACCGGCCAUCUUUGGUACUUGUGUAUAAUGAUGUACAUUUGACAUAUUUAUAAUGCAGUAUGUAAAUAUCUUUUUUUUUUGUUUGUUUUUGUUCAAGUUAAUUUUCCUAUUGUAAUUCCUUUACGUUCAGAACGUGAAACAAAGCAAAAGCUAAAGAGUAACUUGUUGUAUGCUUGGAUGCUUGGCUGACUGUUGACCUAUUAAUAAACACUCAAAUAAAACAAUGUAGCCUUCCCUGGAUUUAGGGAAAUCGA